GCCCUUAGGGCUAAAUAUAUGUAUAUAUAUAAGCAUUAAAGCCGAUCGGUGUAAUUAAUGUUACUUUAUCCUCAAUAUUAAGGGCUAUAUUUAUCAUAUUUCAUAAAAAUAUAAAAAUAAAAAAGAGUUAAAGAGGAAAAUUCCCUCCAAGAAAAUUAUGUGUCAGUAAUUAGACCCAAAAAAAAAAACCAAAAAUAAAUACCGUAAAUAAAUAAGGGCUCAGAUUCAAAGGGCUAAAAUGAAAGGACAAGAUUAAAACCUAGGAUGAUUGACUCCCCUUUAAAAACCACUGUACGGACUAUGGAGUAAUAAUACGGAGUAGGAAGGUAAAUCGGUAAACAGGACAGAGGAAUUGAGCUGUAGUAAGAUUGCCAGAAGAAUAAGGAAGUGUGGAUAAGGAAGAGGAUUACAAUGGAGACCGAUUCGAGGAAUCAUGGAUUAAUGGAGAGUGGUACGAGGAAAUGUGAAUCAUCGAUGAGUGGUGCUACGAAACUUGGAUUGAUGGAGAGUGGUACAGAGAAAUGUAAAUUAAUUGGAAGCGGUAAGAGGAAACGCGGGCGGCCAAGAGGGAGUAAGAAUAGAGUAUUCAGUGAAAAGAGGUUUGAGUUUGAGUAUCAACAAGAGGAUACCAGAGAUCAUAUGAUGGAUGAGCAAAACAGUAAAAGCAGAGGUGAUCAGGUCAAAGAAGCUGCUCAAGUGCUGAAGGUGCGUUUGAAGGAUUAUGGGAACUCUCAUCUGAGGGUUCAUUGUCAUGUUAAAGCAUUUGGGAAAAUAUGCAAGUCCUUUGAUGAACGAAGGAAGAAGUGGGUGAGACAAAUGGGGUUUGGAGGGUUGCUUUUUCUGAUGGACAGCUGGCUUCCGAUGAACCUUUGCUAUUGGUUGAUGACCAGGAUGGAUCCCAUUAAUCAGCUUUUGAUAGCCCCAGAUGGACAUGAGUACAAACUAUUCAAGGAUCAAGUGAGGUGGAUCCUUGGCAUUCCAAAUGGCAGUAAGGUUGUUCCUAGGAAGGUGACAAAUACAGAAAUGAGAAGCAAAGUCAGUGACAUUGAGAGGAAAUUUGGGAAAGAAUGGGCGAUUAAGCAGAAAAUGAGUGGGAGAGUUAACAAACAGAAGGGAAUAGUUAUAGAUGGUGCCUUGCUUGAAAAAGCGAAGGGCAGUUGGGAAGAAGAGGAUGAAGAGGACUUCAAGACUCUUUUCUUGAUCUUGGCAUUGCAUAUGAUUCUUUGUCCGCCACUAUCUUCCCACUUCGAUAAUGAUUUGAUGCCUGCAUUAUCAUGUGCUAAGCAAGCAUGGAACUAUGACUGGUGUGGAUUGGUGUUGGAGAAGCUUUUGGACAGUGGCUACAAAUUUGGAAACAAGUUCUAUGCUGAUGGAUUUGCAAAAGGAUGUGGAGGGUGCAGUAUUUUCCUAGCAAUAUUUUACCUAGACCGGUUACAUAGAGAUCCCGUGAUGUGGGGGAAAUGGCCGAGAAUCAAAGCAUGGACAAAGGAGGAGAUGGUGAAAGCUGAGAUGGAAGAUCGAGUUCUGAAGGGGGAUUUUGGCAAUACAGGGUGCAUAGAUGUAGCAUAUGGUGAAGAACACCCUUGGGAGGCUAAGGAGGAUGACUUACCAUCAUUUGCUGAGGAGGGAUUAGGACCUAUUCGAUCCCAAUGGACUCAAGAAGAGGAAGCAAGUUUGGAACGUAGUUAUGUAGGUUACAACAGGGAGAAACUGACAUCAGAAAUGAAUCCUGUGCUGUGCAAAUUGGUUAGAGAUAAAAUAGAAGGAAGUCUCCUGGCUAGUGUGCCUAAUAAGUUAGCUCAGACUACAGAGGACCCCAUUCUUUCCAUGGUGGUAAAAGGGGGGCAACCUUCACAAUCAGGAGGAAAUUCAAUGGAUGAUGAUGCUCGGGAAGAGGUGUCACAGCCUCAGAAGGGUCCUACUCUGUCAUUGAUUGAUCAUGGUAAGCAUAGCUCAUGUUGUGCGAUUUCAUUAUUCAAUGCUGAUGUGAGGCCUAUUGAGGAGGGAAAACAAAGUGAGGAUUAUGAGGAAGAUAGUAACAGAGAUGGUAGAAUUAUACCAUUGGCUAAAGAGGUCUUAGAGAUUACUAAAUGUGCAAUGGUGAUGGAGCCUAUGGGUGGAAGCGGUGGAAACAUUAUGCCAUCUCCUACUCCAUUUGAAGUGACAAUCACAUCACAUAAUUUAGAUGGGAGUGCAGAUCAUAAUAUCAAAGGGGCUCCUAGCUGUUUAGCUUCCUCGUGUAAUGUAGAUGUGGAUUUAGUGAAUGGUUCACUUGAUAAUCCUGUGAUAAUCAAGGAUGACGAGGCAAGUGAAAAGAAACAUUGCGACUUUGACCCCUUCGAAGUGGUUAGUUUUGAACUUGAAUGUAGGAUAAGUAAGCUUGAGAGUGAUAUUUCUGGGAUGAAAGCAGCUAAGUCAGGGUUCAAAGCAAGGUCUAGGAAGGGAUUUGCGCGUCAUUAAAGUGGUAUAGUCAAGUGUCCUGGUUGUAAGCUUCUGAUUCUGCAAGGCAACUGAUCAGUGACCAAAAGGAGAAAAGGUAGUUGUUUUGGUAAGCUUCUUCAUGUCUAGUUCUGGUUUGUAUGUGUUCUGGUUCAAAGCAAGUGUCUCGGUGCUUUUAUGACACAACCAACCAGGUGAGAGGAAUGAAGGUUUGUUUAAGUUCAUUUUCAAUUGUAUUAGCUUAAAAGCAUUUCGUGGGACAUGUACAUUACUGAUAAUUAAUGCAAAGAUCAUGAGUUCUUUGCUCCCUUUGUUUCUUUUCUUUAGGUGUUCUGUAUAGCUGUUUAAGGGAAAGAAAUACCAUAUCUUGAUGACUACUAGACUACGAAAAAUAGCAAGAAAUACUGCGUACUCCAUCUUUUCUUAAAGAAAGGUGA